AAAAAAAAAUAAUAAUUUAGGGUUCACGCUUCAAAAUACUUGACAGAAAUUAAAAAUGUCUUCUUCAUUAAUAAUAAAAUAUCGUUUAAAAAAAAUAUUCAAACAAAAGUAAAUAGAAAAAAAAGCAUUAAUAAAAUCAUACAUAAAGUAUUGUAGAGAUAUAUCUAAAUACAAUUAAUAGCGAAGCUGCUGCAUAAUUUAUUAGAUAAAAAUGAAGAUAUCUUUAAUUCAUUAUUUUCCUCUUUUGGCAAAAUUUUUUGUUUAAUAAUAAUUGCAAUAAAUUGCUCUAAUGAACAUCAGUAUUUCUAAGAGUUUCUUCACAAUUUUUUAUAGAAUGUAUUAAAAAAUGUUUUUAUUUAGCUGACUUGGGAAAAUAAUAGUUUAAAUAAAGUAAUAAUUUGCUACAUUGACCACCAAAAAAUUUAGAAAUCUACAAUAUUUUUAUUUAUAGUAAUGAUCAAAUAGUUUAUAAAUAAAUUAAUAAGAAAAAUAAAUUAAUUUUUUGUAAAAUACUUAUCUAAAAUUUGUGAUUAAUUCAAAGUUGAAGUCAAAAAUUUUUAAAUUUCAUUUAAAGAAAUAUUUUAUUUUAAUUCUAAAAGUGUGAUGAAAAACAGAAGGUCUUUGUAUAGUGGAAAAUAAAUAAAAAUUGAACUCACUAGUUAGAAAUCAAAUUCAAAAAUGAAGAUAUCAAUUUUGUAAAGAAGAGAUACGUUGCGCGUUAAAUUUCCUUUUUAUUUUUUUGGCGGGGAAUAAAUACAUAAAUGGAAAGCGUAUUGGGAGUAUUACUUAUGAUUAAGCUAUUGGGAUCUUUAUUGAAUUUUAAUAUUACAAGGUUUGUAAAAAAAAUAUAUGUACGCUAUAUAUAGCUAGUUAGUUGGCUAAUCAUCAAUUAAUUUAAUAAAUUAAAAAUAUCUUUAAUUCUUUUUGUCAAAAAUUAAUAAGCAAAAUAAAAUGAAUUUUGGAGGAAACACCAAUAGUUAGAGCUAUAAAACAAAAGACAAAAGAGCACCUUUAAAUAAUAUUUCAGCUAGAAAAAAUUAAAUGGAAUACGAAUCAAGCGAAUAUAGUUUAAAGUCAGUUCCAGGAACCAACUAAGUAGGAGAUUUUAAUGGCAAUCUGAAUGCCAGUAAUAUUUUAGCUAUGAAAUCUAAUACUUUUGGAAUGACCAAUUAGAAUAAAUAAAAUUUAGCUUCUCAAAUGGAAACAAAGCAAAAUUAACAGCUUCUUUCUGAACUAGAAAAACUCAAAUUUGCUUUAAAGGAUGCUAUAGAUGAAAAUGAAAUUUUAAGAAACAGAGUCACUGAGUUAGAAGCUCUUUAUGCCGCAGCUGAAGAUGAAAUAGAAAAGAGAGAUAAAUGUAUUUUAGAAUUGGUAGAACAACUUUAAAAGCAAUCUGAAAUAGAAAGCAUUAGCAAUAAACAAAGCAAAAAUAAGCAUAAAAGAAUCCAUAGUUAAUGAUCUGUUAUCCUUUCAAAUUCUUAAACUAUUGUAGAUAAAAAUAAUAAAUAAAUGAUACUUUCAACAUGUCUUUAAAAGCUAGCUAAUAAAUUUUGGAUAUUUAUUUACCAUAAUGGAUAAAUAAAAAAGUAAACUUAUUAAAUAAAUAUAUGUAAAAAAAAUAAGUAAAACUUUAGUAAUUUUAAAAUCAUAAUUAAUUUCAAAUAAAAUAUAAUAUAAAAUAAAUAUAAACAAACACACAUACUCUAAUUAAUUAACUUAAAAUAAUAAAAAAACUAUUUUGUUGAUUACCAAAUAAUAUAUAUAUUCCUCUUCAUAAUUAACUGUCAUUUUUACCAUUUUUUAAAUUUAUCUUUAAUGUU